CGCCUGAGCCACAUUAGUGGCGGUGAACAUGCCAAAAUCUCGUAUCUUUCUCUUGUCCUAAAAAUUGUGCACAAAAAAAAGCAUUCCGUUCCAAACACUGUCAAAGCCACACCGGAGGCUGUCAGCAUCUCUCUCUGUCUCGCACGAUGAUCCCUGAAAACCCAGAUGUCGUACACACCGUUGCUUUUUAUUUACUUUUUCUGUCGUUCGUUCCUGCCAUCAUUGCCACCAGCAGCUCAAGACAAGGCUCCCAGAACCAAGAUGCAAAGGCAGUCCUCUAUGACAGCCAACCUGACCUGCGAGAGAUAGUGUUUGUGAUCCAGAGCCAGAGUAACUCAUUCCACGUGAGUCGGGCGGAGAGACAGAGAGCAGACCUGUUACAACAGACUCAGAGCCUCACACAGACACCACCUCCGGUCCUGCUCCUCCACAGUCUGACAGACAAUGAGGGAGACUGGAGCAUCCUUCCUGUGCUGCCUUACUUAUCCUUGUUGUUUGGGAAGAACUCAUCCUGGUUGGUGUUUCUGGAAGAGGAGACUAACGUCAAGGUGACCAAACUGCUCCAGGCCCUCAGGAAGUUUGACAGGAGAAAAGAGUGGUUCCUGGGUAAACCUCUUCAUGAUGAGGAGUCGACCAUCAUCCACCACUACGCCUUUGCAGAGAACCCCUCCAUCUUUAAAUACCCAGACUUCUCUGCUGCCUGGGCCCUUAGCAUCCCCCUGCUUGACAGGCUCGCAAACAAAGUGAGAGAUGACCCACUCAAGUCUGACUUCACUAUCGAUCUGAAGCAUGAGUAUCUUCCCAUGUUGUUGCAGGUAGCUCUGUAUAUCUGGGAGAAUGGCCAAGGGCCUCGUCUGACGGCAGUCCCAGAGCUGUGUACUGAGCCAGAACACUCUCCCACUGCCCAACACUGUGCUACCACCCUCAGCAGUCCUGCUUCCCUGUGUGGGGAGCCUGUAAAGAAGGAAGACAUCUUUGUCGCUGUGAAAACUUGUAAGAAGUUUCACACUGAGAGGGUCCCAGUGGUGAAGAAGACGUGGGAGAGAGAGGCAUCUCUGUUGGAGUAUUACAGUGACCACACUGACCCCUCCAUACCUACCAUCGACCUAGGAGUCCCCAACACAGAGAGAGGUCAUUGUGGGAAGACGUUUGCCAUCUUGGAGAGGUAUGUCAGCGACGCAGUGCCAAAGACGAGAUGGCUUCUGGUGGUGGAUGAUGACACACUCAUCAGCCUGCCCAGACUGCAGAUGCUGCUGAGCUGUUACGACCCCUCUGAACCGGUGUGUCUCGGGGAGAGGUACGGCUACGGACUGGGCCAGGGAGGCUACAGCUACAUCACCGGAGGAGGGGGGAUGGUGUUCAGUCGGGCCGCGGUGGUGAGGCUCCUGGCCAGUGACUGCAAGUGUUACAGUAAUGACGCCCCUGAUGACAUGGUGCUGGGGAUGUGUCUCAAUGCUCUGGGGCUCCCUGUCACACAUAGCUCCCUCUUCCACCAGGCUCGACCUGAAGACUACUCCAGAGACUUCCUAGCCCACCAGGUGCCCAUCUCCUUCCACAAACACUGGAACAUCGACCCCAUCGCAGUCUUCAACAGGUGGCUAAAGGACGAGUCGAGGUCAACAAGCCCACACGGACUAAACAAGAGCACCAAGGAAGAGUUAUAGUCACUCAGACAGUAUCAGUCUUAGUGUGUGUGUGUGGAGUCAUGGACAAACAAAUUGAAAGCAUGUUUCCUCCGUCGGUGUAAAUGUUUUCUAUAUUGUUAAUCUUGCGGAGAUAUAAUUUGGAAGGUUCAUGCAGGUCUCUGUCCAUGAAUGUGUGUUUGGGAACUUAUUCAUGACUGAGGCCAGGCACGUUAGAGCAGCCCACUACUAUGGACUUUCAAAGGUAAUUUACGCUUGGGCCAACAUGCUCAACAUUUACCAUGAAUGCGAUCUCCGCAAACUUCGGGUAAAACGCCUUUAGAAGGCACAUUGUCGACUGUCUAGCACGCAGUAUUGUAUUGAAUCCCGGCCACAGUUUCAAUAUAUUUGCAUGUUGAGGUUGUCAGUGUGUGUUCGGAUCUUGUCUGUGUAUAUUUAUAGUAUGAUAUAAUCCAUUUCUUGCCAAAUUGAACAAUGAAACUCUUUUUUUUUUUUUUAAAGGAUAUAUCUCAACAUUAUUGCUACAUGCUGUACAAUGUGUACUAUUUUUAUAAAAACGUGUUUGCGCUGUC